AUGGUUCUGCACGCCGCCCUCGAAAAGCCGUUCGGGCCGUACAACCUUGACGAUGUGCUAGACGGGGGCGCUAUCCCGCAAUUGACGUCCAUCACUCAUUUCAAGAUGAAGCGCGAUGGCAGGGUUACUGGACUCGACGAGACUGAGUUCAUCCCCAGGCCGCCGGACGGCUGGGAUGCCAAGAUCCCCAUCACUGCCAGUGCCAUCCUCGAGGUCGAAGAUCUCUCUUGGCUCACUCAAGCUGGCAAGAAGAGGCUUCAGGAGGAUUGCACGGGACGUCAUCCAAGACUUGAGCUGGAGUCAAUCUAUCACGGCAAGCAGAAGGUCAAAUUGCGCGUUCGCUUCACCAUGAGCGAGGUUCCGGCCGCCUUCAUGAAUGGUGACAAGCAUGCAGACGAUGAACUGAAAAUACAGUGGUGGAGUAAGAACAGCAGCCGCAACUUCUUCGAGCGAUACCGCGCUCUCGCUCUCCUCAUUCACCUCAAGGAGACUGACCCCGAGACCCCCGUCGAGGAUCGCGACAUCAAGUACUUCAUACGCAAGUACAAGGAGAUGCUCGACGACCCGGAUCCGGAGUCGUACCUCUUUCGUGCCUCGCUCAAUGAGGACGCGCCGGCGAACGCACCCAAGCCGGGUCGUCAUCGAUACAUACCCGACGUAGAGAUCAAGGUCAUGCUUGGCCUGCAGGCGGACUGGCUUCUCGCGCAGGCGCUCGUAUCAGCACAGGCCUCCAAGGGCAAGUUCCUUGACAUCCCAAAGUGGCUGAAGUUCUGCCGCAAGGUUCGUGCGAAGCGGAGGACGCCGGAAGGUCUGGGCUGGGGCCCAUUCCUUCAGAGAGAAGAUGAGAGCGAGGGCCCUAUUGAGGACGACCACUGGGCCCCAAGCCGAAGCCGAGGGAGACUGCGAAGCGCAAUCCUCCCAAUCGCAGACUAG